GAAACCUCCAACACCUCCACCGGAUGUAGUCGCCAUCCAAGAAGCGGCUGUUCCAAGCGCGUCAGCUGUGGCGGACCCGCCUCCGCCGUAUCCGUCACGCGACCGACGUUCGCGAGUAGAGCGUGCACGACUACGAAGAGCGGCGCAGCUCUCAGCGGAAUCAGGUGGCGGGACGCUGUCGGCGGCGACGGGCAAUACGCAACAUCUAAGAGUUUUUGUCGACCCAUUAUUGAACGCGCAAUCCGAAAUGUCUCCUUUAUCUCCGGAAGAUGGCACGGAGACGACACCGCUGCUCUCACCUCGACGUCGGCCACGUACUCUGUCUCAUUCAACCGGGAUGUCGACGCACUCGCUAGCUCAGACUGUUCUCUCACUCUUUGGAACGGACGAUGCUGAUGUCGAACGGAAUGCUGCUGACCCCGAAGGUCAGGAGGAGGCAAUUUCAGCUGCGCUUGGAUCUCGAAAAAGCCUGAGGCAGUAUUUCAGACCGCUAUGGCGAUUAACUUAUUACAGGCCUCUGGUACACCUCUUAAUCAUUAAUUUUCCAUUUGCGCUUUUCUCGUUCAUUUAUCUGUUUGUUGGGACACUGACUGGAACUACGUUACUCAUUGCCUUGCCACUCGGUGCCGUGCUUUGUUGGCUGGACUUGGUUGGUGCUCGUGCGUUUGCCAAAGGAGAGAUCGCACUACAAAUGUAUUUCCAUGGUCCCUUGCAUACUGAGGGCCCUACUCAACCGUAUCUCAUAUUUGCACGGCCCAACUCCACUCCUCCUUCCUUGGAAGCCGGCCAGCAAGCACCUAACAACCAACCCUCUUUCUUGAGGAACACCUAUCUCAUGUUUACUGAUCAGACGUCUUAUCAAGCUUUAUUCUAUUUUUUAGUUAUCAAACCCAGCAUAACGCUCUUUCUUACACUUGCGCUGAUUAUUAUCGUGCCCGUGUCGUUCAUCCUUGUAGUUCCGGCACCGGCUGUCCUCAGGGCUGUCAAACGGAUCGGUGUAUGGCAGGCUAGCGUUGCGCUCGAGGGCCUUUUACAUCCGAGACUCUGAUCGAGGAUACCAUGGAAUUGCCUCCGAAGUUAUCUUUGUCUCAUCCACAUGGCGCAUGGCGCAGCCGUGUCGCAGUCGAAGCUUGAAACUCCACUCCGGGACCGAAAUGCAAGGCGCAUGACAACUCCACC